UAUAGAAACCACUGAGAUUCUUCCCGCUUUGAAAAUAAAAUAAAAAACCUCCGCAACAAAUUUCUAUCGAAGGAAAGGAACAGAAGGAUCUGUUUAUCCGUUCCAGCGUCAGAGGACGUUGGUACUAAGAACUAAAAGCGGUGUCGUGUCAUAGAUUUGAACUGAAAUGGUAUAAUUACUAGUUAGUUCUCUAAAGUCGAGCUUUUUCACUGUAAUACUUGCAUUUCACCAAUGGCUAUCGGCGGUCUGAUUUCCAACCGGAGUUUCGGUUCUUUUAUCGGUUCAGUUUAGUCUCUUUGGAUUUGAAGUAUACUUUGAAGUGGAUGAGAGUAAAGUAUGUCAAGGGGAACAAGCCAUUUUGCUUCACAAGGGAGAGAGAUCAGGCAUUGCUGUUCUGCAUGGUAACAUGUUUUACCGGAAGUUAUGGAGCCAAACAGCAAAUGGUUUUUUAUCUGGAUACACAUGCGGCCGAUAUCUAAGGAGUACUGUUCAUUUAGAUGAAAACACUUUGAAACCUCUAUCAGUUUCACCUAAUGGCAGACAACUUAUUUCUUCAGUGUCAUUGUGCCACUGUAAGAAGUCUCACAAAGUUUCCCCGCGACAAAGAAGUAGAGGAAGUUUUGGAUACUAUUCUUUUUCAAGUCCAGUGCCUGGAGGUUGCCUUGAGCCAAGUGACAAGGAUGGGAUAGGAAAAAACAGUACUUCUGCUUACUAUAAAUCUGAAGAGUAUGACAUAACAGAAGCAAAGGUGGACUCUUUGCCAUCUCCAGAUGGAAUGAACGAAGCUAUUCUAGUUGGAGGAGACAUGCAGGAAGCAGUCCCGUUGUGGCAGGAUUUUCCAAAGCGCUGGGUUAUUGUGCUGCUAUGUUUUGCAGCCUUCCUGUUAUGCAAUAUGGAUCGUGUUAACAUGAGCAUUGCUAUACUCCCCAUGUCGAAAGAGUUCAACUGGAACAGUGCAACAGUUGGUUUGAUUCAGUCCUCCUUUUUUUGGGGAUACUUGCUCACUCAGAUUCUUGGAGGCAUAUGGGCAGAUAAAAUUGGUGGGAAGUUAGUCCUGGGGUUUGGAGUUGUCUGGUGGUCAGUAGCUACUGUUUUGACACCUAUUGCUGCAAGAUUUGGACUGCCAUUUUUGCUAAUUAUGCGUGCUUUUAUGGGAAUUGGCGAGGGUGUGGCUAUGCCAGCGAUGAACAACCUACUUUCAAAGUGGAUUCCAGUGUCAGAGAGAAGUAGAUCGCUUGCACUUGUGUACAGUGGCAUGUAUCUUGGUUCUGUUAUUGGGCUGGCUUUCUCUCCUAUCUUAAUCAACAAGUUUGGGUGGCCAUCUGUAUUUUACUCAUUUGGCUCCCUUGGAAGCAUCUGGUUUGCAUUAUGGUUGAGAAAAGCAUAUAGCUCCCCAAAGGAAGACCCUGAGCUAAGUAAAGAAGAAAAGAAAAUAAUCAUGGGAGGCAGCAUAUCCAAGGAACCUGUAACGGUCAUUCCAUGGCAAUUAAUAUUAUCAAAAGCCCCUGUUUGGGCUCUCAUAAUUUCUCACUUCUGCCAUAAUUGGGGAACUUUUAUUCUCUUGACAUGGAUGCCUACAUACUAUAAUCAGGUUUUGAAGUUCAACCUGACUGAAUCUGGACUCCUCUGUGUAUUGCCAUGGUUGACUAUGGCUGCCUUUGCGAAUAUAGGAGGAUGGAUCGCAGACACACUAGUGAGCAAAGGUCUUUCUGUAACAACAGUUCGUAAGAUCAUGCAAUCGAUAGGUUUUCUAGGGCCAGCUUUCUUCCUUACGCAGCUAAUCCAUGUCAAGACACCUGCUAUGGCAGUGCUGUGCAUGGCAUGUAGUCAGGGAUCUGAUGCAUUCUCUCAAUCUGGUCUUUAUUCCAAUCACCAAGACAUCGGCCCACGAUAUGCUGGAGUUCUAUUAGGAUUGUCAAACACAGCCGGAGUGCUGGCUGGUGUUUUUGGGACUGCUGCUACUGGUUACAUACUCCAACGAGGUUCCUGGAAUGAUGUGUUUAAGGUGUCAGUUGCAUUGUACAUCAUAGGCACGUUAGUUUGGAACUUAUUUUCAACCGGAGAGAAAGUUCUCGACUAAGAAAAUGCUAUACAAGGGAGAAUGGAAGCCUACAUAACUAAAAGAUAACUUACAAAGUAAUAGAAGGAGCAGACAUGCCAUGGUGCCAGGGUGACUGAAACAAACCCUGCUAAAAACAGCAAAGUGCCAUAGUUUAACAUGUAAGGCCCUCCUACGUUGGCUGGAAAAAUAUGUAUUUUUCAGGCAAAGUUCCUUCUUUCGUUUCAUUUGUGUUUUUAUGGUGUAUGUGGCAAUCCAUGAAGCAUCUUCUUUGACCAUUAAAUGCUUACAGGUUAUAUAAUUCAUACCAAACUUCCCAAUGCAAA